AGUACCGCAUAAUCCAACAAUAACAAUUACAACUACCACCACAUCCGCAACAACAAACGGGCUCUUCUCCCUUCGAGCCGCUCGAGACGCAUGGGGACAUCAUCCAUCAAUCUUCAAUCUGUCUACUGCCCAAUAAUUAUUCGUAUGUUUAAAGUAGUGCUGUCUAGGUACUAAUAUGCGAUAUAUUUUACGAGUAUUAUGAAUAGGCUAUACAGGGCAGCUAGAACGGCUUGAUCGACUAGUGCAUGUAUCACACGGACUAAGAACCUGGAAUUCUAACCCACUUCCUACUUGGACCACCAAACAGUGGCAUACCUAGUACACCAGAUCGCUAUUCCACCAUUUACAAGCAAAUUUGGUACCUUGCACAUGUGUGUUUAAAUCUAAGUACAAUCGUAUCAUCUCGUAUUGGUACCAUUCGUUACUUGGACACUCCCUUGCUCUUUCUCUCUUUGUUACACGGUCUUGCUUUAGUCUUUCGUUAUUGACCCACCUCGCGCAGAACGGCCCUUCUCCAAUCCUAGUUGAGUUCUUGUUUUGGGGGCUUGGGACGAGCUCUUGCCUUCUCUUUCUGAAACCAUGAGGCGUCGCUCCUCCUUUGACUCUGACCCCGGCGAGCACGCCCCUCUCGACGAUCUAAAUGACCCAUCCUCCCAACGGCAAGCGCAUUCCAAUCAUUAUCGUCAACAACAGUCUCCUUCCCGCUCUCGCUCUUCCUCCCCAUCAUCUCAACCUCCCUUGUACCAAAAUAUCAAUUCGGUCUCCCUUUCUUCAGAACAAUAUCACGAUUACGACCGCAACUCAUCACAUCCUUCGCCCACAAGAACAAGGCCCUUAGGCCAUCCCGGUGCUCAUCCCGAUUCGGCAUUUAAUAGGCUGCGCCAGAAUAUAAGAUAUAGCGGAGGCGCCGAAAGAGCUGCUGUCGAUGAUUUAGCUGGAAGGGAAGUUUAUGACGUGGCUGAACUGUCUUUAUCUAGACCAAUUCCACCACCUCAUCGGCAGAAUAGUGUAUCUACCUGGGGACGCCAAGUACCUCAUACUAACGUCACUCCUGGGGUAGACAAUUUUGGUGACGCUGCCGUCGGUGGCAUGUCAGGGCUUGCUAUGAGCGUCGCCGAAAGAAACGCACGGGACAGCGGAUUAGAAGCCAUGAGGCAACCUAUAUACCCACCAGAAGCCUACCAGGACGUUCCGUCUCAACACCAUACAUACGACGAGCCUACAGGUGGCUACGGAAAUGACCGGAGCUACGACAUGUCGCCAAGUUACGGUCCUAACGCCUAUAGUCCUGCGCAAGCAUAUAACUCCUCGCCUAGCCUUGCACCUAUGGGAGCUGCGGCCCUGAGCCAUUCAGGUCGAGGGACGCCUACGCGAAGUGUCCAUAGCUAUUCAAGCGACCCGUUUAGGGAUCCCCAAAUGGCGUAUGGUCAAAGAAUGGAUCCCUAUCUCGGCCAGUUUAAUCCCAAUGAUAUCGACGACGACGGCGACGACGGUCUCGAGUAUCGACGCUCUGCCCGGAAUAGUAUCCUAAGCCUAGGUGGAUCAAAUAAUCGAGGCAAUGGUGCCGCCGCUGGCGCUGGCGGUGCCGUGGCCGCUAGCGGUGUAAUGGGUGGGCUCAUGGGAAGGGGCCGAAAUAGCGGCGCCAAUUAUGACCCGGUACAGAACACGAAUGCGGCCGGCAAUCUAGCCGGCGUAGGCGGAUACGAGAUGAGCGCGAAGACAGAAAAGCAGUCGGAAUGGUUGUCGGGCCAGAAUAGCAGUCGAAAGAAGUGGAAAUGGUUUAUUUUGAUCCUCGUCGGUCUCAUCAUAGCAGGUGGAGUAGCAGGCGGCAUCGUCGGCGGACUAUUGGCGAAGAACAAGAAGGGCAAUGGCGGCGGUGCGGAUGGGGUUCAGUCUGCUGAUUCUGACUCUGCAAAGAACGGCGAUCUGGAUAUCAAUUCGGAUGAGAUUCGAGCGUUAAUGAACAACCCCAACCUACACAAAGUCUUCCCGGGCGUCGACUAUACGCCUAUUAACGUGCAGUACCCGGAUUGUAUUAAGAACCCGCCUUCCCAGAACAACGUUACCCGAGACGUCGCCGUCCUCUCACAACUAACCAACACGAUUCGGCUCUACGGUACUGACUGCAACCAGACGGAGAUGACCAUUCACGCGCUGAAACAGUUGAAACUUGACACCGAGAUCAAGAUCUGGCUCGGCGUCUGGCAGGACAACAACGAUACCACCAAUAAACGCCAGCUCAGCAGGAUGUGGAAUAUAUUGGAUGAGUAUGGAGCUGAGCCAUUCAAAGGACUCAUCAUAGGCAACGAGAUCUUGUUCCGAAAACAGAUGACCGCGACGCAGCUUAGUAAUCUUCUGGAUUCGGUGAGAACAAACUUGACCACUCACAAUUGGAACCUGCCCGUCGCCACCAGUGAUCUAGGCGACAAUUGGGAUUCCCAACUGGCACAGAUUAGCGACUAUAUCAUGGGCAACAUUCAUCCUUUCUUCGCCGGUGUUAACGCUAAGGAGGCUGCUUCAUGGACCUGGUCAUUUUGGGAGAACAAGGCUAAGUCGUUUUUCAAGACGGACAACCAGAAGAACGUCAUUUCCGAAAUUGGCUGGCCGACAAAAGGUGGUACCGACUGCGGUGACGCUAGUGUCACAAGUUGCCCCGAUGGCUCGGUGGCCGGUAUCAACGAAUUGAACACUCUGAUGGAGGGUUGGGUCUGCCAAGCACUAGCAAACGGAACAAACUAUUUCUGGUUUGAGAUGUUUGAUGAACCGUGGAAGAUCAGUUUCGACACCCCAGGUAAAGAAUGGGAAGACCAAUGGGGCCUCAUGGAUGUCAAUAGGAACCUGAAGGAGGGCGUCAAGAUUCCCGACUGUGGAGGAAAAACUAUCUAGGUGGGUAUAAAAAUCGCGUCGUGAUGGCGUAGUAAGAGAUUAGAGAAAGCGUUCUUGAGCGGCCAUCUAGUCAGGGCGGACAUAUUUCGAUAGGGUUUCCCAAGCUCGAGAUAAGACGAAAGUCUUGUAAUCCACACUACGCGACAUCGAAACUCUCGAGGCUCAGGAGCUGCACCCGUCGAUCAUGAUAAAAGAGGAUAUGGUACGAACGGACCCGGACGGAGUUUGGCAUUUGGUUUUGACGGUUAUUUCUUUCACCGGUUUAAGUCCCGGCGCUGGGGAUGAAGCGAAUGCAGCAUUAGAGUAUCAAUGGGAGGUAUGACUAUGCGGCCAGGUAGAUGACAAUGAUGGAUGUGCACUUUGCAUUUCUCCAGGUAUGGCUUUGUCAUUUUCGGUGUCCGUGGCGCUUGGUUUGGUAUACAUUAUGUUGAGAUGUUUUGAAGUUUCGAGCGGACGAGUAUGUGGCUGGUGUUAGAGGGCCAUGCCGAAUACUCUCGCGCGCUAGAAAUACCUCAGCUAGAAGGUUAAUAAAUAAAUGUCAUGGAAUUUACUGAUUGCGAGCCUGUUCACAAUUUACCUAGGUGCCUCUGUAGGUAGGUAGGUAUAUAAAGGAAAUUUUUU